ACUAGACGUGCUGUUGCGUUUCCUGGUACACAGUGGAAGCAGUGCAGUUAGCAUUAGCUUGAAGCGGACACUCAAAUCUGAGGAUUAAUAUCACAUAUUUCAUUUACAUUCAACACUCAAACCUGUGGAUUGAUUUUAAUAUAUUCAUUCUACACCAGACACUGAAGUCCAUGGAUUAAUUUGAUAAAAUGUUUUCUUAACGUUACAGACUCGUCCUUGCUCUUCACUGAGUUCCAGAUACAAAUGGACAGAAAUUCCAGGAAAAUUCGGAAUCAGGACUUAAAUCCAUGCAUUCAAGAAAGCGAUGCCUCUCAAAAGUGUUUGGAUGCUUACAACUAUGAUAAGAACAUGUGCAGCGCCUACUUCCAGUCUUACAAGAAUUGUAGAAAAUAUUGGCACAACAUCAUGUUGCAGAGGAGGAGAGAAGGGGUGAAACCUGACAUGCCAACAGCUGCAGAAAGGCAGGACAUUCUCUCUGCACAUGGAGGAAAACCCUAUUGACCUGUAUGACUUUAUCAUGGAUGGUAAUAUUGUUAUGUAAGUGACGUGAAAGACAAUGUAAGAUGAUUCUUUUCACUGUAAAAAGACACUUUUUAAGCAUUCUGCGCUUUUUUUGAAGAUUAAAAAAGACUGCAAAUGUUUUACCUCAGUUUAUAUUUCCACUGUUAUUGUUUUUUUAUUUGAGUAACACUAAGUGUGGUUGACUUUUAGCACUGCUUUCCGUCACUAAUUUCACUUUAUGAUAUAAUUUCAAGGAAUUUAAUCCAACUAAAUUGAGGUUUGUGUACUGUUCUGACUGUUUAUCAGUACCAAAACUUCAGUAAUCGAUACUGAUACCUAUGAAUUUCCAUUAGUUAUAAAACACCUUAUCUAACUCAUGUACUUUUACAUUCAUAAAUAUAUUUAUUUCCUUGUUACGUUAUGCCUUUUUGCUUUAUUUUUCACGAGCCCAUAACAAAAGAGGGCCGUUCAAAGUGUUGCCAAACAACAGGCAAGUUUCUCCAAGCGGUGUUUUCUUCGCACUUAUGGAAGUGAUAAAGGUUGGCUUGCAUGCUUCUGGAGGUUUUCUGCACGCAUGUGGUAAUGCACACUCCCUGGGCUUGUGGUGGCGGAUUUCCUGUCACUCGGUGAGCGCUUGUAUUUGAAUAUUGAAUAAAUGCACGACGCAAUGUACUCCUCUCUUUCACUUUAAAUACGUAGCGCUACUCGCCAAAUAUAGCAACAAAGUGGCUAAAGAGCAUCACAAAUCAUUUCUGCUACGUCUUUGGAAGUGCAGGUGCAUUUGGGUUAUGUUGUGAAGCGGAGUUACACCACAUCUACAGUUACGCUACACUCGUGCUUCUCAAUUAUU